AUGGGUGUGUGGGGUUGUGGGGGGGGUGGGGGUAUGGGUUGGGGUGGGGGGAUGGGGUGGGGUGGGUGUUGUGUGGGGGGGGGGGGGGGGUUGGGGAGGUUGGUAGGGGUGGGAUUGUUUGGUGGUUUGGGGUUUGUUUUGUUUUGUGGUUGUGGGGGGGGGGGUGGGGUGGGUUGGUUGGUGUUUUGGGUUAUUGUUUUAGUGGUGGGGGUUUGUUGUGAUUGGGGGUGGGGUUGGGUGGAGGGGGAAUGGGGGUGGGUUGGGGGGGGUGUUUGGUGGGUAUGUAUAAUGGUGGGUGGGUGUGGGUGGGGGUUGGGUGUGGGGGGUGAUUUUGGGGUGUUGGGGGGGUAG